AUGGCCGGGCCAAUGCAGGUACCUCCGUACAGACAGAGCGUGCCGCUCGUGUUCUGCGUCCUCUGCCUGUCCGUGUGCGGCCGUGCCAAUGGGAGAGGAUCUGGCGGGCGGCUCCAAAUCUCCGCUGGCCGUUGCUGGAGACCGUUUACCACACAGAGGCUGCAGUCAAUACCGAGAGCCCCAAGGUGAAAUUGAAAGCGGCAUGGGAGUGGGGACCACAUAAACUCGGCUAUGUGCAGCUUGCC